CGGUGCCCGCGGCCGAGAUGGCGGCGCCGCGCGCCCCCGCGCCCUGAGGCCUCGGGCGGUCCCGGCCACACCGGGCGGGCUGAGGGGAGCGCGGGGGGCGAUGGCGGCGGGGCCCGGCCCCGGACCCGGCCCCGGGGCGGCCGCGGCGUCGUGGGGAGGGCCGGGCUGGCGGCUGCCGGGGCGGGUGUUGGAGCUGGUGUUCUCGUACCUGGAGCUGCGGGAGCUGCGGAGCUGCGCGCUGGUCUGCAAGCUGUGGCACCGCGUCCUGCACGGCGACGAGAACAGCGAGGUGUGGCGCAGCCUGGCCGCCCGCUGCCUGGCAGAGGAGGCCCUGCGCACCGACAUCCUCUGCAACGUGCCCACCUACAAGGGCAAGGUCCGUGCCUUCCACCACGCCUUCAGCACCAACGACUGCUCGAGGAACGUGUACAUCAAGAAGAACGGCUUCACGCUGCACCGCAACCCCAUCGCGCAGAGCACGGACGGGGCGCGCACCAAGAUCGGCUUCAGCGAGGGCCGGCACGCCUGGGAGGUGUGGUGGGAGGGCCCGCUGGGCACCGUGGCCGUCAUCGGCAUCGCCACCAAACGCGCGGCCAUGCAGUGCCAGGGCUACGUGGCCCUGCUGGGCAGCGACGACCAGAGUUGGGGCUGGAACCUGGUGGACAAUAACUUGCUGCAUAACGGAGAGGUGAACGGCAGCUUCCCCCAGUGCAAUAACGCGCCCAAAUACCAGAUAGGUGAAAGGAUUCGAGUUAUCCUGGACAUGGAAGACAAAACAUUAGCGUUUGAGAGGGGCUAUGAGUUCUUGGGAGUUGCCUUCAGAGGACUGCCAAAAGUUUGCCUGUAUCCAGCAGUGUCUGCUGUGUAUGGUAACACAGAAGUGACUUUGGUCUACCUGGGAAAGCCUCUGGAUGGAUGACGUGGAUUGUUUCGUCGGGACGUCGAGAUGUGGAUGUUUGGGAGGAGAAAUCUGCAUGUUGGUUAGAGGGAAAUGUGUAUUAGAGGAAAAAAAACAACCAAAAGGUGUGGGUGUGUGUCCAAGAGCCAUCGAGGCAACCACAUGGGAUUUGGAAAAGGAGGACCAGCCGUACUUCAGAAAUUGUGUUACAUUUCCUCUUUCUACCAGGCCAGAAAAAUCCUCAGGGCUGCAGUUGAUUGAGUGGGAAGCUGACACAUGCAUGUUGCAACAGAUUUUAUUGCUAAAAUGGCAGUGUGACCUCAAACAUUUAAGAAAGGACUUGAUACAAAAAUGCUUGAGGAAAUUACCCUGGGAUUUGUAAGUGGCGUGUUUUGUGAGAGACUCCCAUUUCCAAACUGCUUGUUCCUUCCUUCCCUCCUUGGGGCCAGCGUGGGGGCUGGAGCAGAGAGGGGCUGCUGGGGGUAUUUACAGUUUUUAGUGUCCUGAGAGGCACAGUCUGUGCAACUGCCCUUCUCUGGUAUAACCAUACAACACGUGUGCAGCUAUUUUUAAGUGUAUUUUAAGGAUUGUAUAUAAAGAAAACGUUGAAAAGAAA